AUGUACCAGCCUGAAAAAACUCUAUUGUACGAAUACAAAUAUUAUUUGUGCACUGGUUCGAGUAUUGUUCCUACCUUGCAAAAAGGAAUAGAUACAACUAGAGUAGAGCUAUUUUCAAAUAAUCCUUGCACAGUAUACGUUUACGAUCGAGCAUGCUACCAUCAAAUAUCCAAAUACAAUACAAAACUUGAAGCAGCACAAGCUUUUGAAUGUUCAGUCAAUGAACUCGAAAGUUUUAUUGAUAAAUAUAUAUUGUUCAAAAAUAAAUAUUUCUUAACAAGUAAAUCGCUCUCUCCAGAUUAUCAAAAAAAAACCCAGGACGAUUCAGAUGCAGAUGACGCCUCAAGCGGUAGCGAUGAUAGUUCUAAAAGUGAUGAUGAAAGUGACGAUGAACCUCCUUUUCGGGAGACUGAUUUUCAGGAACCUGAUGGAUUUCGAAAUUGUCGAGAUUUUCCAGCUCUUGUUGAGAGAUCAAAAAGAUAUAAAAAAGGCAAACCUUGCAAAAUUAUCGGAUUGGAUGCACUGGGCCAAGAAUACGCAAGUAAAACCGUAACAUAUUAUCGUUUGAAAAAGUAUGGAGAAGAUUGUUAUUCGAAAAAGACAUGUGGGGAAGAAAUGAAAACACUUGUCGAAGAAGACAAUUCGGGGCCUUUAGAUCUUCCACCUUUAGAACUCUUGGAAGCAAUUAAUAAAUUUGCGGCAGAUCAUUUCAAAAAAAAUGAUUUAAAAGAUAUGUUUGGAAAAAUGAAUGGUACUGCGUUAGUAGCAAUAGGAAUUAUUAUACAAGAAUAUGUGCGAAAUAUUAUGCUAAAACCACCUGAAUGA